AUGACUGGAGGAAAAUCUGGCGGCAAAGCCUCUGGCUCAAAGAGCGCUCAAUCCCGAUCCUCAAAGGCCGGUCUUGCUUUCCCAGUCGGUCGUGUCCACCGUCUCUUGAGAAAAGGCAACUACGCUCAGCGUGUCGGUGCUGGUGCUCCAGUUUACUUGGCCGCUGUCCUCGAGUACCUGGCUGCUGAAAUCCUCGAACUCGCUGGCAACGCUGCUCGUGACAACAAGAAGACACGUAUCAUCCCUCGCCACUUGCAACUUGCCAUCCGAAACGAUGAAGAGUUGAACAAGCUUCUCGGACACGUCACAAUCGCACAAGGUGGUGUUCUGCCCAACAUUCAUCAAAACCUGUUGCCCAAGAAGACUGCCAAGGGCAAGAACCCCAGCCAAGAGCUAUAG